CAUGUCGUAAAUGUCACGUAUCAACAUAUAUGCCGGUUGCGGGGCGUACCGAGCUGAGGAGAGGGUGAAAUAGCCUGAGUUGCAGCCCAGUUGAAGUCUACUCUACCUCGAAUUUGAUAAGCCUUAGAAGUUAACCUGCCAUCAUGCCGAAAAGAGUACUAUGCUCGUAUGGGAUUGACGUGGAUUCUGUGAGUGGCUGGUUGAACACUCGCGAUGGCACUCCCACGAAUCCAACCGACAUCUCUCGCGGCGUAUUUGGUGCUACCGUUGGCAUCGACCGCCUCCUCAAGCUCUGGGACAAGUAUAACAUCAAGACGACCUGGUUCACACCAGCACAUUCAGCAGAGUCGUUCCCCACCCAAAUAAGGAAGAUCGUCGACAAGGGACAUGAAAUCGGAUUGCAUGGUUAUACGCAUGAGUUCGUGUCGACGCUAAACGAACAGCAGCAGAGAGAUGUGCUAGAGAAGAGCAUACAGGUCUUGACAGAUCUUGUGGGUAAGAAACCGAGGGGUUGGACAGCUCCGGCUUGGAGCACGAGUAAGGAGACGAUUAAGCUGCUUGAGGAGUUUGGAAUUGAGUACGACCACUCUUUCAUGCACCACGACUCCCAGCCCUACUACGUCCCUUCUCCGGACCUUAGCACAUACACCGAGACUGACGUCUCCAAACCGGCCUCUCACUGGAUGACGCCCAUGUCCACCCUCAAAACUUCCUCGGUUGUCGAAAUCCCCGCAAACUGGCACCUAGAUGACUGGCCGCCCUUCCAGCUGUCCCUCUCGCAAGCCAGUACGCAUGGCUACGUGGACACGGCUACCAUCGAACGCUUAUGGAAAGAGCAGUUCGAGUACCUGUAUCGGGAAUGCCCAGAGGAUGGGAGCUUUGUGUUCCCGAUCAGCAUUCAUCCGCAGGUUAGCGGGAAGCCGCAGGUUAUAUUGUUGCAUGAGAGGUUCAUUGAAUGGAUCAAUGGACAUAAAGGGGUGGAGUGGGUCACCAUGGAGCAGAUUGUGGAUGAAUUCAAGAGUGGGAAGUUGGCUGGGGUUUCUGUUGAGGGAGGGGCGGAUAUCUAACGUAAACUGAAGUAUGAGGCGGAGCUCGUGUCGGUGCAUCAACAGCCGGUUCACUAUGUUCUACAAUGCCUAGUUGGCCAAGCUUUUCAUUCCUACCUUCCUUUUUCAGCACUGCAUGCUUAAAGAUGGUAGCUCGGUAAUGGUGGCAUGAAACCUUUCUAAGUUUCCGUGUGACCUCACCCUGCAUAUCUGCCAUGCUGGCUGGAUCCACUUUAGAGGGCCCUUGUCAUUCGGAGCAAGGCGCAACACACAGCCCGUCGUCGUAGUCCGACGCAGUUGGAUACGAAAUAUCUCGAAUGAGAGUAAAAUACGUCAAGG